AUGCUUUGGAAUGACAAUGUCCAGACAAUAAUCCUUCUCUUUCUUACUGUACAUGGAGUUGUGGGAAAUGUUGUCAUAUUUGUAAGAUAUGUAUGCAAUUUUCUCAUGGGGACUGAGAAAAAACCCAUAGACCUUAUUCUCAUUCACUUGGUGUUUUCAAGUUUGCUCAUGAUUUGUAGCAUGGUUAUCAGAGAGAGAGCCAUAAUUUUUUAUUUCAAGAUCGACCUAGGUGAUGUUGGUUGUAAAGUUGUGGUUUUUCUGGGAAGGAUGGCUCGAGGCCUCUCCAUCUGCACCACCUGUCUCCUCAGCAUAGUCCAGGCUGUCACCAUCAACCCCAGGAUGACCCUUUGGAGAAAACUCAAACCACAGACUUCAGGGCAGGUUCUUCCUUAUCUCCUCCUCUUUUGGAUGUUAAGUUGCCUCAUAAGCUCCAACUUGCUAUGUUAUAUCACAUCAGUCAGAAGCAUGAACAGAUCUGCUGUUGGAAAGCAGAGUGGGUAUUGCAUUAUGCUACCAUCUAGGCAAAUAGUGAAAUGGCUGUUCCUUUCUCUCAUGACUCUCCGUGAUGUCAUCUUCCAGAGUCUCAUGGGCUGGAGCAGUGCAUCCCUGGCUCUCCAUCUGUAUAAACAUCACAAGCGUGUCUCCUACCUUCAUAGCAGCUCCAAGUGUGUAAAUAAUUCCAGCCCAGAAAUCAGAGCCACACAGAGCACUCUCAUUCUCAUGGCCUGUUUCCUUUUCUCUUAUUGGGUAGAUUUCAUUCUCUCCUUGUACACAGGAUUCACAGUGACUCAAGAUUCCAUCACCUUUAUUAUUAAAGGUUUUCUAGAACUUGGUUAUGCUGUUCUCAGCAGCUUUGUCCUGCUUAGCAGAGAUGUCCAUGUGGCCAAGUACUGGAGUGCUCACAAAUAA